UAGGGUUCCGAAUCUCACGUACGGUGAGCAUGAGACCGUCGUCGAUAAUCUUCAGUCAUCGAUUCUCGCCCGGGAUCCGCAUGCUGAUCUGAAUGCUGCACCAGCAUGUCUACUCUAUCGAGUUUAUUUAUGUACUUGAAAUCAGUUUCCAUCUCAAAGUGUCGGGAGAUGAUCACUUUACAGUUGUAUCGGCCAAAGGACUGCAUCUGAAUCCUACACCACCGCAGUUUUUCCAUCCAGCAGUCGGCAUUUUUCCGAAUUCAAGUUCGAAACCGCUCAACUAGGGCGCGGGGUUUGCAGCCCAUUUUGCAAUUUUCGUCCCAUCGUCGGAGCAUUUGUCGGCAAGACAUCUUGGCCUUUGAAGUCGUCCUUGGGGAAUGGACUGCCAGGCACACGUUAUUAUUCGUGUGAAAUGAUAUUUCACUCCAGACAAUUGGGCAUCAUUUAGAGGCGCAGCUAUUGAAUGCAUCUCGCGGGCAUCAUUUUCCACUUUGAUGUUUGAAGACUCGAUCAGCCUGUGUCCCCAUGUGCCAGGUUUAUGC